AUGUCACUCGUCACUUUUGCUUGCACUCUCCUCUCCGUUUCUGCGUCAAUCCUACCUCACAAGUGUGGCUCCAGAGCAUACCGCAUACUGCGCCCCACAUCGCGCAAUGAUCCAUUCAUGGUUAUGAUCGCUAGAGCUCUCGUGACCCUUCGCCUUCGCUUGCGUGUCCCGAGGAAUGAACGCCUGAACGUCUCCGCAGACACACACUGCGCUUCCGUCCGUGCACCUGUAGACCAGCUCAAAAAGCUUGCACCAGCGUGCAUCGAGCGCUCCGAUCCUCUUUCCCCACAUGCUGCCACCGCUGUCUGUCCAAAACUCGGCUAA